GACGGCGGUCAACAGCUGAACCCGACGGCCAGCAACCUUCCUGCUGCGGAGCUGUGUCAAUAAAUGGACGCCCGCAUGCGGUCACACGAUCGUCGCAUAGAUGACGGCGGAGGCGGUGCGCAGAUUGCGAUAGUCUGUCGUUGUUGUUGCGCUGUCUUUUCAGCUCGCAGCUGCACUCCUCGACCUCGUCUUUCACCCAUCUUCACACACCUCGACGCCUACCACCGUGACUCUGCUCGCAGAGUCUGCUGCCAGGAUGGCAUUCUGGAAGAAGAGCGGCCCCAGUCCUGCCACUGCGUUUGACCCUACGCACCGCUUCGUCACAUCGUGGCUUCUCCCGCCGGGCGUGCUGUUUGCUGUUCGGGCCCUGCUCUCUUUGUACGCCUUCACAACUAUCUUCUUCAUCUUCGGAUGGUAUGGCACCCAUGGCCAAACGCAGGCGUCCGAAAGAUCUUUUAGCUACUUCACGAACCUCACCUACUGGGGACUCGCAUUCUAUUUUGCCUUCAGUGCUGUGCACACGGGGAGCUACUGGUUGACGGGCUCGCCCUUCCUCACGCGCUGGCCCCGGUUCCUCCAAAACCUGCACAGUAUAUUCUAUACUACCAUCGUCGUGUUCCCCUGGCUAGUUACUAUCAUUUUCUGGGCCCUGCUGUACUCGCGCUUCUAUAACGAGUUUCAGACUUGGACCAACACCUCCCAGCACGCGCUCAACUCGGUCUUUGCGUUCGUCGAAAUCAUCCUCCCGCGCACGGCCCCACUACCUUUUUUCCACAUCGUACCUCUAAUCAUCCUCCUCGCACUAUACCUGGGACUGGCCUACCUCACCUACGACACGCAGCACUUCUUUGUGUACAGCUUCUUGAACAACAAGACGCACUCCAAAGGCGUCAUUGCAGGCUACUGCAUUGGCAUUCUCGUCGUCACCAUCAUUAUAUUCCUUCUUGUUCGAUACUUGAUUUGGUCGAGGAUCUGGAUCACCGAAAAACAGUUGGGCUUGAAUGGCAAACUGAGCAGUCGCCCGGGCCAGAGACUGACAAGCCCCGAAGAAGGAAAGGAGGUCGGUAUGAUGGAGCUUCCCGUCAGACAGGCGUGAUUUUCACAACGCUCGUCGGUCACUGUGGUGUUUAUGUUUCAUUGGUAUACCCUUGUUUUAAUGUUGCUCGAUAAUGCCAUACCUUCUCUAUUAUCCCGUGUUGGCGCAAAAUCCGUCGUCCCUCUAGCUUGUGCAAAGAACGCUACUCCGUAGAAUGGGGGUGGCGAUGCACCUUGACACCCAAAGACCGCCCUGUUCGACCUAACGACUGCCACUAACCAACUAAGGGCUUC